AUGCAUCUCUCAUCGUCGCUGCUCAUCGCAGCUCCCUUGCUCGCCACCGUAUCGGCCGAACCUAUCAGGAUACCCCAGCGCGAUGUCUCCCUGGUAUCAACAUCACAGGAACUUGCCAUCCGAGCACUCCCGGAUUCGCCCAGCGGUGGGUACGCCCCGGCCGUUGUAGACUGUCCCAAGACCAAACCGACACUCCGGAAGGCCCUGGAUCUCUCGAAGGAGGAGAAGGACUGGGUAUCGACGCGGAGGAAGAACACGAUCCAGCCCAUGAGGGACCUGCUGAAGAGGGCCAACAUCAACGGGUUCAAUGCCGAGGCUUUUAUGAACGAGGCCGCCAAGAACAUCUCGCAACUGCCCAAUGUCGCCAUCGCUGUCUCGGGUGGUGGCUACCGCGCCCUCAUGAACGGCGCCGGUUUCGUUGCUGCAGCGGAUAACCGGAUCAAGGAUACCACGGGCGCGGGUGGCAUCGGAGGCUUGUUGCAGUCCAGCACGUAUUUGGCUGGACUUUCCGGCGGUGGCUGGCUCGUUGGCAGUUUGUUCUCCAACAACUUCAGCAGCGUAGAGAGCCUGCUGAGCGAGAACAAAGUUUGGGACUUUGAGAAUUCCAUCUUCAAGGGACCCAAGGAGGCUGGCAUUAGUACUGUCAACCGCAUCCAGUACUGGUCCGAAGUGGCCAAGGAAGUUGCGAAGAAGAAGGAUGCCGGCUUCGAGACCAGUAUAACAGACUACUGGGGCCGAGCAUUGAGUUACCAACUGAUCGGAGACGACUUGGGCGGACCCGCGUACACCUUCUCCAGCAUUGCCCAGACCGACCACUUCAAGAAGGCCGACACGCCCUUCCCUAUCUUGGUAGCUGACGGUCGCGCGCCGGGAGAGACCAUCAUCUCGCUCAACGCUACUAACUUCGAGUUUAACCCCUUCGAGAUGGGCAGCUGGGACCCGACCGUCUUCGGCUUUGUGCCGACCAAGUACAUCGGCGCCAACUUCACCAACGGUGUGAUCCCCUCGGGCGGCAAGUGCGUCCAGGGUCUCGACCAAGCCGGCUUCGUCAUGGGCACGAGCAGCACGCUCUUCAACCAGUUCCUGCUGGCCAACAUCACCAGCUACGAAGGCGUGCCGGACAUACUCAUCAAGGCCGUGACCUCCAUUCUCGAGGACAUCGGCGAGAGCAAGAACGAUGUCUCCCAAAUCAUCCCAACCCUCGACGGCGGCGAGGACCUGCAGAACAUCCCGCUCAACCCGCUCAUCCAGCCCGUCCGCGCCGUGGACGUCAUCUUCGCCGUCGACUCUUCCGCGGACGUGACCAACUGGCCCAACGGCACCGCCCUGCGCGCCACCUACGAGCGCACCUUCGGCGCCAUCUCCAACGGCACUUUAUUCCCUACGAUCCCCGACGACUGGACCUUUGUGAACCUCGGCCUCAACAACCGUCCCUCUUUCUUCGGCUGCGACGUCAAGAACUUCACCUUCGACGCCAACUUCAAAAACCAGACGGUCCCGCCCCUGAUCGUCUACGUCCCCAACGCGCCUUACACGGCGCUUAGCAACGUGUCCACCUUCGAUCCGUCGUACACCAUGUCGCAGCGCAACGACAUCAUUGGCAACGGGUGGAACUCGGCCACGCAGGGCAACGGCACGCUGGACAAGGAGUGGCCUACUUGCGUCGCGUGCGCGGUUAUCAGCAGGAGCUUGGAUCGGUUGGGACGGCAGACGCCGGCGGCGUGCAAGACGUGCUUUGAGAGGUAUUGCUGGAAUGGCACGGUGGAUUCGAGGGAUACGGGGGUUUACAUGCCUCAGUGGAAAAUUGCGGAUGCGCAUGCGGAGGAUUCGGGAGCUAUUGGGAAGAUGGUGAAUGUUUGGUCGUCGGUUGUUGUGGGAGUUGUAGCGGCUGUUUUGCUGUUGUAA